AUGGCCGCUCAAAAACUACUCCUGUCCUUCCUUUUCUUCUCUCUUCUCGCAGGGCACAAGGCGGUUCAAGGCUCAGCUGACCACCACCGCCAGCAGCUCCAACGUGACGCCCACUCUUCUGCCCGUCCCGAGGGACCCUUGUACCCUUUGAAACCGACGAGGCUGUUCGUGUUCGGAGACUCAUAUGUGGACACAGGGAACAAGGACAAGGCCAAGGCGGAGGCGAGGUCAUGGAAAGUGCCUUACGGCAUGACCUUCCCCGGUUGCCCGUCCGGUCGUUUCUCUGACGGCCUCAUCCUCACUGAUUUUCUCGCUAAAUUUUUCAGAGUGGCGCCGCCGUUACCAAUGGCAUGGUGGCCGCGUGCGUACGGGCCCCAUCUCAGGAUGGGCGCAAAUUUCGCUUACGGCGGAACCGGGGUGUUCGACACCUCGAGCUCCGACCCGAACAUGACGGUCCAGAUCGACCGCUUUGAGAACCUGGUCAGAGAUGCCAUCUUCAAGGUCGCCGUCACCCAAACUUCUGUCGCCCUCCUCGCCAACUCCGGCAACGACUACUACACUUACCUGGCCAAACAUGGCGUCUCAUUUGGGCUGCUAGAUUUCAUCGACAAGGUAGUGAAUCAACUUGUUGUGAACAUGAAGCGCGUGCACUCGCUAGGCGUGAGAAAGGUUGCGGUCACUAGUCUUCCAGCCUUGGGAUGCGUUCCUCAGAUCACCUCCGGGACGUCCUACCAAAGUUGCAACGACACCGUCAAUGCGCUGGUAAUGCUCCACAACUUGAACCUGCAGGUGGCCGUUGAUAAGCUGAACAACGAAACUAGCCCUUUCACUUUCAUCAUGAUCGAUCUUUACAAACCUUUCAAAUGGGUUAUCGAGAAUACGACGACUUUUAGGAAUCCAUUCAAGCCAUGUUGUAUGGGGGUGAGCAGCGAGUACCUGUGCGGGAACGUGGACGCGGACGGGACGAAGAAGUACACGGUGUGUGAGGAUCCUAGUACUCACUUCUUCUGGGACACGGUUCAUCCUACGCAGGCCGGUUGGGGAGCUGUUUAUUGGAAUCUUCUACCGAGUCUCAUUCACAAUUUCACAUCCCUUCCGUAG